ACGUGAUUGUUCCUCGUAGGCCGACCUGGACGAGGUGCUGAACGAAGCCAAGCAGUCGGAGGAGAAGGCCAAGAAGGCGAUGGUGGACGCCGCCCGUCUCGCCGACGAACUCCGCGCCGAGCAAGACCACGCUCUGCAGCAGGAGAAGCUGCGCAAGGCGCUUGAGCAGCAGAUGAAGGAGCUCCAGGUGCGCCUGGACGAGGCCGAGGCCGCUGCGCUCAAGGGCGGCAAGAAGAUCAUUCAGAAGCUGGAACAGAAGGUGCGCGAGCUCGAGAACGAACUGGAGAACGAGCAGCGCAGGCACGGAGACGCCGCCAAAAACUUCCGCAAGAGCGAACGCCGCAUCAAGGAGCUGCAAUUCCAGGCCGAAGAGGACCGCAAGAACCACGAGCGCAUGCAGGACCUUGUCGACAAGCUCCAGCAGAAGAUCAAGACGUACAAGCGCCAGAUCGAGGAGGCCGAGGAGAUCGCCGCUCUCAACCUGGCCAAGUUCCGCAAGGUGCAGCAAGAACUCGAGGACGCCGAGGAGCGCGCCGACAUGGCCGAGAACACGUUGGCGAAGCUUCGCGCAAAGAACCGCAGCUCCGCAUCCGCCGGCCGCGCCAUGUCUCCCGGUCUGACCUCUGCCCCGCCCCUCAGGACCUAAGCACAACGACGCCUUCUCUACUCGUCUUUCUUCUGACCCCCUGCCACAAACGAUCACUACCACUAUUACUACGGCCGCUCGAGAAGGCGAG